GAGAUAGGAUUUUAGGCCCACUCCAUUUCUCAGUCCACACAAACCCCAGCCAAAAAUCCCCUGAAAAUAAAGAAAAAAAAACACAACCACAGCAGAAGAAGAGAGUGCACAAAGAGUUGCAGAUCGAAAAUUCGUUACUGCGAAGAUAAUCGCCAUGGCGAACAUGAUCAUGGCCUCCUCCAAAGCCCUAAUCACAGCCUCAUCCUUCCCAACUGCGUCGACAACAAAACCCAGACUCCAACUUUCCCAAUUAUCUCACCCCAAGAUCAAAAUCUCAGAACAUCAGCAUCGCCAGAUUGUCUCAUUGUCCUCUUCCCUCAAAUCCACGGCAGCGAUUGCUGCAGCCUUCUUCGCCGUGGCGCCGCCGUCCUUCGCAGCGGAGAUAGAGAAAGCGGCGUUGUUCGACUUCAACCUUACACUGCCGGCGAUCAUGGCGGAGUUCUUGCUGCUCAUGUUUGCUCUCGACAAGAUCUACUUCACUCCGCUUGGGAAAUUCAUGGACGAGAGGGACGCAGCGAUUAAGGAGAAGCUUAACAGUGUCAAGGACACCUCGGGAGAGGUGAAGCAGCUGGAGGAGCAGGCUGCAGCUAUCAUGAAGGCAGCGAGGGCUGAGAUAUCGGCGGCCUUGAAUCAGAUGAAGAAGGAGACGACUUUUGAGGUGGAGCAGAAGCUGGCGGAGGGAAGGAAGAAGGUGGAGGCAGAGUUGGCUGAGGCUCUUGCCAAUUUGGAGAAGCAGAAGGAAGAGACCAUCAAAUCUCUGGACUCUCAGAUUGCCGCUCUCAGUGAUGAGAUUGUCAAGAAGGUCCUCCCCAUCUAAUGUAAUUCCCUUUGACUCAUCUCUUUUGUUCUUUUUUUGAUGAUGAAAUGAAAAUAGGUAUAUUUGUUUUGUUAGAUAGUUUUCUGUGUAUUCAAUCGGAGAAAAAUUGAAACUCCUGAUAUUCUCUCUCCCCUCAUAAUCAUUUCAAGUGAAAGGAGGGUAAAUGAUGUUUGUAUUAAUGAAUAUAAGGUUUAUUAGUCAACCUCUUAAUUGCAAUUUA